AUGGCUCAAUGGUUAAAGGCGCCUGGUCUUGCUAUUGCUAUGACUGGGUUCGAAUACAAAGAGAUUCCCGCCUAUCAUAUGCAAUGUUGCGCCGAUUUUGUUCCGAGCAACCUGGACCCAGGAAGCCAGUUUGCAGUGCCUCGCUUCGAAUCGUUCGAGCAAGUCUUCAGGAAGUCGUCCGCCUGGUUGAGGCACCAGAGGAACAUUCGAGUCACGAACAUCCAAUCCGUCGACUACAAACUGAAGGACGACAGCAGUGAUGCUUUAUUUCACGCUACACCGUGCGAGAACAACUUCCUCCUGCUUCAUGUUCCGUUCUUCAAAUAUUGA